GCAGUAGCAUGCCGCCCCUGGUACGGUUUGCGUCAGCCGUUCUCCAGUCCCUCGUCUCGCUGCUUGUCGACGUGACUGCAAUUAGGAAAGCGACUCGCCUCCGCCCCAGUCGCCUUUGGUGCCUGAAGAAUUCCCGAAAAUCCCAGAAGGCCGACCGAUUGGCCAGUCGAACUCAUCGAACUCCCAUCGGCGCUUGAGCAUCCGACGGAGGUGCGACGGCAGACGUCCCGAGCCGCGAAUAGUGGCUGCGCGAUUCCGGCGAGCGUCGCUGCUACCCGAGAUCGAGAAAUAAAUGCAGCUUCCUGGAGGUUCGCGAAGGAUUUGCACUGGGGGAAACGAUGGUCGACAACGAGAGGAUAAGGCCGAGCAAGAGCAGCAAGAGCAGCAAGGUGCCGCCGCCGUUAAAUCUGAACGAGGCCAUAGAAGAGGAGGCACUCAAUCAAAAGACUGCUAGAAUACUGAAGAACGACUUGCUGCUCCACGAGGCUGUGAUAAAGAACGAGGCUGACAGCGUGCGCAAGGUUUUACGUGAAACCGUCGACGUAGACUCGAGGAACAACUACGGACGUGCUCCUAUUCACUGGGCGGCCUUCCGUGGGAAUACAGAGAUCAUCGAGAUGCUCAUUCAGGCAAAGUGCGACAUCGAAGCCCGGGACAAGUUCGGCAUGCGACCUCUUCACAUGGCGACCUGGUACGGUCACCCGGAGGCUGUGAAAAUGCUGAUAAACGCCGGGGCGAACGUGUCUGCUGUGAACAAGAAGCAGUACACCCUCCUGAUGUGCGGCGCGCGCGGGAGCAGCGUCGACGUAGUGCAGUACCUGGCUGAGGCCGUCGAGUCCUUGAAUGGCGACGCGGUCGACUGUACCGGCGCCAAGGCCCUUCACCACGCGGCCCUCGCGGGUCACCCGGCGGUCAUCACGGCCCUUGCGAAUAUUCCAGGCAUCGAGUUGCACGACACAGACAAGAAGGGGCAAACUGCCAUUCACUGUGCCUGCGCCGAAGGGCACCUCGAGGCAGCUGAGGUCCUGAUAGGACUUGGGGCGAACGUGGAUGCUCAGGAUAACGAUGGAAACACACCUUUACACGUGGCCACUAUCACCAGGCACACCGCGAUAGCUCAACUCCUGCUACGCGCUGGUUCCAAUACGGAAUUGCCGGAUGAGGCUGGACUAACAGCCCUUCACGUGGCCGCCAGUCAAGGGUGCAAAGGCAUCCUCGAGUCGAUAAUUCAACACGGGGCUUGCCUAGAUAAGCAGUGCAAGAACGGCAACACAGCCCUUCACCUCGCGUGCCAAAACAACGCAGUGGACACCGUCGAGAUAUUGAUUAGUAAGGGUGCAGACCUCAACUGCUUAAACGCGAGACUACAGUCUCCGAUACACAUAGCGGCGGAAAUGGGACACACGGAUAUUUGCAAACUGCUUCUCGCGGCCGGAGCGAAUAUCGAGCAGCGAGAACAGUGGGUAGUCCAGUUGAGACGAGCCAGGAAAUUGACUUCUGGUGCCCGUCUCCGACUGGAGACGAUCCAACGUUUUCUCAUGCUCCGUCUGUUCCAGGGUGGCCGCACGCCCCUCUACAUAGCGGCAAGGGGCAGCUUCACGGCAAUCGUUGACAUGAUCAUAAAGACCGCAAGGCUGGAUUAUCCCACCCCGGAGGAUUCCAACUCGGAUAAGGAAGUGCGCGAGCUUACCCCAGCCAGGAGGAGAUGGAGGGAGGAGCCGAGGGGUGGCAGCGUAUCCAGCAACAACAGCGGACUCACGGAAAGGGUCAGGUCGCUGCUCUGGCGAUUGGCUUACAAACAGCUGGCGCCGGCCGACUGGAAGAAAUUGGCUCUUCACUGGGCAUUCACGCACGACCAAGUCAGGGCCAUUGAGCAUCAGUACACAGGCACAAUCGUAGGUCCCUCGAGUUACAAGGAGCAUGGAUUCCGGAUGUUACUGAUCUGGGCUUCCGGUCUCAAUCCCGACGUGAACCUCGUCAAGGAACUCUACGAGGCUCUCUCGGCGAUCGACAGGAAAGCAGUGGCUGACUCCAUGCGCAAGAGACUGGACCAGGAAAGCGAAGGAAGAGCCAAAUCGACGAAGCAACGCUGUCACAAGUGCACCAUCACGUGAAUCCGGAGUUGGAGGCUGUAUUUCGGGAACACGAGAUGUCAUCCAUCCCACUUGAUCUUUCUUGCCCUACGCGAAGACAGGGAAGAGGAGGGAUCUGGACCGUCGGCAAUCCGCUUCAAGGAACUCUGCUGUCGUUACUUACCCCACUUGUUGUUCGCGUCCACGAUGCUACGAAAACGUCCAGACUGUUUGCAGUCUGCGCUACCACGCUGGAGAACGCUGGAGAACGCUGGAGGACGACGUUCCGUCUACGUGAAGAAUCGGCAGCUUCAGUAACGGCUUCAUUUCCCUUUUCGCGGAGACAUGCGUGAGAAGGAUCCAGGAGCAGCUUCCUCCGAAAGGUUUUUCAUUGGGUUUGCAAAAUAAGGAGAUAGAACGAAAAGUGGGAAGCAACGACGAUCCCCUUGAGAGAAAGUCACUCCGUCUCGAAUCCGGUGUGAACGAAGCUUCAUCCAUGUUUUUUUUUAUACAGUCUGUCCUUUGCGCACCGUCGCUCCUCUACGUGUCUCCCUGCCUCCUUUUCUCUCAUUCAACGGAUCCUUCAUUGAAUGUACAUAUCUUAUCGAUAUAAUAAAAAUACGCUAUUCGAUACUC